AUGAGUGUGGAUAUGAAUAUAAAUGUGAGUGUAAAACACCAUGCACGGGGUAGACUUAUACAAAGGGAGGCUGAAAUGAGAAAUAGUAUUCUUGCACAGGUUUUGGAACAAUCGGCUCGUGCUAGAUUGAGCAAUUUGGCCCUUGUGAAACCAGACAAAGCCAAAGCAGUGGAAAACUAUCUUAUACAGAUGGCGAGAUUUGGACAGCUUGGUGGAAAAAUUUCAGAGCAGGGAUUAAUAGAGAUUCUUGAGAAAGUGAGUCAGAAGACAGAAAAGAAGACAACAGUAAAGUUUAACAGAAGAAAAGUAAUGGACUCUGAUGAAGAAGAUGAUUACUAAACCCAGAAGUUAAAUUGUUACAUUUGGAAACUGCUUCAAGAAGGACUUUUUGAAAAGAAAUGUCAUCCCUGGUGCAAAAUGCAGAAUAAAAUGUCAAGAGACUGUGUUUUGUUCAAGAUUUCCUCUUGGGAUGAAAGGUUUAGAGUGCUGCCAAACAUUCUUUAGAAUUAUGCUCUUGGAUAAGUCUGGCGCACAGAUUUUGGUCAAAUGUGCACUUCCUUGAAAUUUUUUUAUUUUUAUGCUGCUGAAACUUUGUACAGACUUCCAAAUAAAUAUUCAAGUUACAGAUC